AUGUCCCCUGAGCUCGGAGGAAAGUGGUGGAUAGAAGGCCCUGAAGGUUUUAAAAAAGAGUUUACCAUCAUUGCUGUCUUGCGCCCUUUUGUUUCCAAAAUAGGCCCUUAUGUAGUCAAGAAAAAUCAUGUCCAAGAGCUGUUGACAGGGCCUGUCCGAUCGCUGAAGAAGGUGGUGUUGUCUCUGUCCACUGUUAACAUUUCAUCUGUCAGACCACACUGUACCCCCUUCCUAUCCACCCUCCACACCGGCUGGCUGGCGUGGCUCCACAGCCGCUCCAUCCAGGGGACCCGGGCCAGAAGAGAUCUGCUGGCCACCACGCUGGGAGGAGGAGGUGCUGGGCUGGGAGUCCUCAACAGUAUGAACGUUGAGGUCUUGGCCAACAAGCUGGAGGCUGUCACAUCGGGCGUGCAGGGCCUCCUCAACCCCCUGAAUUCAUCCCUGGCCAGCCUUGGGAUGGGGCAGUGGCUUGUGUCAGAGGUGUUGCCUACCUGGGAAAAAAAAAGUGAGAAAGACCACCAGAUGCUAUUGCGAGCUCUGGGCAUUGAACAAAAUAAUGUCUCCCUUGCUCUUAGCUGCAUCCAGGCCCAGAUGUGGGUGCAGAGUGUCGUUGCAGGUAUCCUGAGAGACGGUGACAAUGGCGUCCUCCCCACCGAGAUCCGAAAGGUCGUGUGGGACGCGGCCACAGAGAAGGAGCGGCAGCUCCAAGCCUGGUGGAGACUUGUCAACUUCACCCAUGACCAGGUCCUCAACACAGUCGUUGCCCACGUCCUGACCGUGGCUGAGGCUCGCAUGGAAAAGGUCUACCCCAUCGUGGCCCUGGGGGUUAACACAAAUGGGUCCGUGGUCUACCCCCUGGACCACCGCAUGUGGGCGAGGGUGUCUGAUGGGAAAUGGCAAUCCGUAGAUUUGGAAGCCUGCAUUUUGGAAAGGGGUCUGGGAUUCAUAUGCGAAGAUGAUGCCCUUAAGGCAAGUGAUGUCUGCUUUGACACCAAAGAGGGGGUGUGCCAUUUUGAGAUCAAUCCCCUGAGCAGCAGUAAAACCGUGUUGGUGUACGUAGGGAUAGGGUGUGUGUGUUUUAGAACGAUGUGUAACUCUGUGCAGAUUAAUGAGGCUUAUAAUCAGACCGUGUUUAAUGAUUCAAAUAUGUGUGCUUGCAAUGUAGCUAUUAUUAGAGGCUGUGAUUUUGUCUAUAGACCGCCUGUGUUUACUAGCCAGUUACUAAUCAGAAACUACACCUUAUAUCGUAGCAUAACUCCGACCCCCGUAGGUAUGGAUUUGUCGCUUAUAAAAGAAAUGUUAGAGCAUGCAAAUUUACAGCAGCUGUUAGAAAAUGCUAAAGCAGAAGCUAGAAAGAUCCUAAUAACUGUACAUCAUGAUGGUAACGUCAUAAAACAGGUGAUGGAACGAAUCAAGAGGGUGGGAGAACAUCGCUGGUGGGAAAUUUUCUUCGGCUGGUCCCCCACAGCCACCGGCAUCUUCAACACACUGCUCCACCCCAUCGUAGUUCUACUGCUGACACAAAUCUGCCUGUGCAUUGCCAUGGUAGCCACUUGUUACCGGAUUAGGCAUAUGAAACUCUGCAUUGAAAACCAGGUGAAAGGACUGGGGAUGGCCAAGCGCAUCCUACCAUAGUCAAGGGCAAGACUGGGUUGGCCUCUGUGUUUGCCACCAAGAAGAACUUUUAGCUCCGCUGUUGGCUGCAACCCAGUAGGCGUUGAGCAGUGGAGACACAUGCCAUACCAGACCUUGACAUGAGGGAUGGCUUCC